UCAAAAAAUGAAACACAUUUUCCAUCAAUUUGCUUUCAAAUAUCUAAUGAAAAUGAAUAAUAAUAAUAACGAUAACGAUUUCUGGAACGGAUUCAUCGAAAUACUUGUACCACCAAUACUAUUAUGUACAACGAUUGGUCUAUCAACAUUUAGUCGAUCAGCAACAAUCAUAUUUCUAAUUCUAUUAUUGCCAUUAUCAUUACUAUUAUUUGAUCGUUUUAUUUAUUAUGGAAGAAAACAUCAAACAAAUUUUUUCAUAUCAUGGGCAAUUUCAUCAUUUCUCAUACUUUUAUCUGUAUUUGAAUUUAUAGUUGUACCAUUUCUUGAGAUUACAAUAUGGGAAAAUUAUUCGUUAUUAUCCAUGGUUACUAUUGCUAUUUUGAUGCUUAUUUAUCUACGAAAAUGUUCCAAAAAUCAUCAUUCACAUGACAAUUGUAUCGAUGAAUUGAUAAUGAACGAGAAUAAUAACAACCAUCAUCAUCAUCAUCAUCAUCAUCAUGAUUAUCGUGAUCGAAAUGAUGAUAAAAUAUUGUUUUCAAUGAAUGAUUGGUGUAAAUAUUGUCAUUGGAUUGGUGCAACAAUUCACGGUUGGAAUGGUUGGCAUAUCUAUCUAGCAAGCCAUGUCUGUUUAAUAUUUGCCUUAUUAUUUGAUAUUUAUUUAAAUAUAACAACAAUUUGUCAUACAACAUAUACCUUCAAUGAUAUCAUUCUAAUUCCGGACGAUUGUAGUGAAGUUUAUUUUGAUAUCAAUUUAUCAUUAUCAUUCAUAACUGCAAUAUAUGCUGGACAAUUGGUGAUAUUAUUAUCAUACUCAUUGCUCAAAUUAUUAUUAUUAUUAUUGUCCACUACUCGAACGUCAUCAUCGCCAUUGCCAUCAUCUUUGAAUUCUUCAACAAUGACCACAUCAACAACUUCGGCAAUGGUAAUGACCACAAAAAUGACCAACAAACAUAAUAAUUGUUCUUAUCACCUGCUUCAAUAGAAAUUAAAAUUGAUUUAGAGCAAUAAUUUUUAAUUUAAUCAAGAUUCAGAUUGAGAAAUAAUAGAUUUGUGAUAACUUCCAUUAUUGCUUCCACUCAUGGUUUAGUUACAAAAAAAAUUUUUACUCAGUCCGCUAUUUCCCUCUUCUCCACUAACACAUGAUUCUUGAAUGAAUCGAUUUUAUUUCUUCUUCAGGUAAUCGAGAUAGACAAAAAAAAAUGAAAUUCAAAUUCAACUUUCGAUUUUUCAUCAUCAUCAUCAUCAUUCUGGUUGUGUGUUGCCAUGAAACAAGUUCUUUUGGAUUCGAUUUUCACUCUUCUCUCAACAAUUUCGCAUAAUUUUCAACAACGGCAAUUGUAACCACCACACACACAAGACAAGAAACAAAAAAAGAAAACGCAAAUUAUUAUUGUUGUCGUUGGAAAAACUCCCAUAAAAACAAGCAAAAAUUCGAAUCAAAAUCGGCCAAUACACACAGACCAAACACACCUUCUAUUUGCUGUUUUUUUCCUGUUUUCUUUUUCUACUUCUGCCAUUUAUUUCAUAAUAAUAAUCAUAAUAUUCAACAAAUAAAAACCUAACUCACUCACACAAAAAUACAGAAAGAAAUAAAAUGUUGUCCUUUUUAUUAUUUAA